AUGUCAGAUACUUUCGUGGAGACUCUGAAUGAGAUGAUUCAAAUGUUGCUAAACUACAAGCCGGGCAAUCGUACAUUAUCAAAUGUGAUAAAGCUUUGCCAGACGCUAGGGUUAGAGUCGUUUGUAGAUCAAGUUGACACUAACAAAUCCCGGCUUUCGAUAGCGUCCAAUAUUGUUGUCAUAGACAUUGAUUAUGAGAAUGAGAUGGAAACUAUUUUGGACGUGAAACUGGUUUUGGCAUCGAAUUUCGAUAAAUUCAAUUAUUUCAACGAGCAAGGCGAGAAUAUUCUCCUAACCUCGUUGUCGAACGUUCAGGAUUUGAAAGCUUUCCAUCACAACUUGAACUUCCUUGUCUUUUUGGAUUCUUUCUCGAACAUCGACAUCGAAUCAGGUCACACCAGCCUUGACCUUUUCAAAUAUUACAGUGAUUUGCCGAAGAUGUUACAAGACUACUUACAGGACCAACAUCUGCCGUUUCAAGUGAAAGUCAACGAAAACUCUACGUUUGGUAUAGUGAUAUAUGAUGCAAAUGGAGAGAACGCUAUCGGUACAGUAUGUUUGGAACGAGCACCGAACUCCGAUAGUCCAUUUUACGAAUACAUCUACGAUCCAAAAUUGAAGGAAUGGGUCAAUGAAUCCUCUGAUGCUUCAACUCAAGGAAUAAAUCUUGUUUUGAAGUUUGCAGAUGUCAUUGGGUUCCCCGAGACUUGGAUAACUCAAGAACUACGAGUCGACAACAGUACACCGCUGAAAACUUUUGCCAUUCCACAACAACCACAACUAAAGAAUUCAGUGAAGUUGCAAAACGAACUCACCUCAGAGUUGCUACUAAUGGAUACCUUUAGAAUAUCCAAUGAGGAUAUCUCUUUGCUUCCGGAUUUCUUAAAAUGGUACUUAUGGCAUAAGCUUGUAUUGGAAGAGAUGUUGAAAGCCAUAACGCUAGAUCCUUCUUCCAGUGGCAACGCACUGAACGCUGGUAAUUCGGGAACAAUGCAAGCUAAGCCAAGACGAAGAUCAAGUAUCAUGGGCAACAGAAAGCCAAGCAUGUCGGAAUCGAUGAUGUUAAGAGACUCUGGAAUAUCUCAGUUCACUUUGAAAGAGAUUAUGGACCAGCCUGCCGUAUCCGAUACAGAAGGAGACGAUAUGAUGGAUAUAGAUAACGAUGAUAACAACAAACUCGUAUGCAUCACACUUAAUGAGGAAUACAUAUGUGUAGGGAAGACACAAAAAUGCAGUUACCAAGACGAUAGUCAAGAAACAUGGGUAUCAGUGAUAGAGUUUCUAAAAUCGAAACUUCUGUAA